GGCGGACCGUUGGGUCGUUGUUUCACCGUGUGUCUCUGUCCUGUAACGGACCUCUUGUGUUCUUCUCUGUGACAAAAUCAUGUCCCAUUAACGGAUUCGUCUCGCCGGUUCUGGAGUUAAAUUAAACCCUGGUGCUCCCAGCGCUUUGGAGAAAAAUGGAAGCUGUGAGCAAGUGGAACCCGCAACAAGUGGUGGAGUGGAUGAGAGGUCUGGAUGACAGCCUGCAGCAGUACAUCCCAUCCUUCCAACAGCUGCAGGUGGAUGGGGAGAAGCUGCUGAGGAUGUGCCACCAGGAGCUGCUGUCUCUGGGCGUGGCGAGGGUUGGACACCAGGAGCUGAUCCUGGAGGCCGUGGAUCUGCUCUGCGCUCUGAACUAUGGCGUGGAGUCGGACAACCUGAAGACUUUGGUGGGGAAGAUGAGAACAGCGCACCACAACCUGAGCAGUGCCGUGACACAGCGCAGGAAGAACCCCGCCUACCACAGCAAAAAUUCCAAUCAACCCACCAAUGAAUUCCUCACCGCCGUGGUCGAACUGAUCGGCACCGCCAAGAAUCUGCUGGCCUGGCUGGACAGGACUCCUCUGUCGAGUGCCAAUGACUUCACCUCAACUAAAGGCAAGAUCAUCCAGCUGUGUUUGGAGCUCACCUCCACCGUCCAGAAGGACUGCACAGUUUAUGAGAUGGAGGAAAAGAUUCUGGAAGUGUCCCGAGCGCUCAACAGCAUCUGUGAGAAGACUGUCCAAGCGACUUCUGACCCCGCAAAAAGGGAAAUGUCCUGUUUGGAGGAGGUUCACAUUACCAAUGUCAAGCCUGGGGAGGGACUGGGGAUUUACAUCAAAUCCACCUACGACGGGCUUCACGUCAUCACGGGAACAACCGAGAACUCUCCGGCAGAUAAAACCCAGAGGAUUCAUGCUGGAGAUGAAGUCAUUCAGGUCAACAAACAGACAGUGGUGGGCUGGCAGCUAAAGCACCUGGUGGAGAAGUUGAGGGCGGAGUCUGGAGGUGUUGUCUUGAUGCUGAAGAAGAGGCCCUCUGGACCUUCUGCCAGCUUCGCACCGGCUCCACUGAAAAACCUGCGCUGGAGGCCGCCGCUCGUGCAGACCUCUCAGGGAGCGCCAAGUCUCUAUAAAUCACGAGAGUCAGAAACCUCAGACACUCCUGGAAAGAGAGGGAAGACGACCAUCUUGGAUUUGUAUAUCCCUCCUCCCCCAGAAGCGCCAUAUGUCCCGCUAGAUGGGAACACAAACGUGUUUGCAGGUGUGAAAAUGCGUCCCAAGUCACCAAACUCGCAUCUGGAUGCAGACAUGCGGCAGCGACGCUUCACUGUAGCAGAGGAAAACCGGACGUCUGUCGCCCCUCCACCUGAAUCCAGCCAUCCUAUCCCAGUUCGCCUCAGGCAGCGCUCCUCCUCACGCUGUAAACCCAGACCCAUCUCCAUGCCUGUGGAGGCAUUUUCAGGCGUGUCUGACCAGCUCUCCAGGCCCAGUACUCAGGGAAGGAAAGGUAAGGACGUCCUGCACAUGUAUCGGAGUAAUGAGGGCAUCAGCACCAUCACGGAGGAGGAGCCGUGUUUCCCUCUGCCGUACCGAGGUCACCCAUCUGUACGCGGCGUCGACCAUAUCAGGGGCAGCCAGUGCUACAUUAACGCCAACCUGCACAACACGGCCACCAUACCUUACCAGGAAGUGGGGUCCAAAAAGGCUUCUGCCUCCACUUCUGCCGCUGUCUCUCCCACUAAGGGUGUAAACAAACAGUCCACGUCGCUGCUCGGCGGCUGGCUGGCUCGACUCAAGCUGCUCAGCCACUGAGCAGGAAAAGCUGCUUUUGAAUUUUAUUAGAUGAGACAAUUAUUCUCACCUGGUUUCUGGAAGAGUUUUUAAUAUUCUGCUUUUAAGUAUUUAAAAAUUAGUUUCACGGUCCUGAAAAAAGGCAAUGCAGUACAUCAUUUUAUAGUUCUGGAUAAAAACUGCAGAUCGUGGACUGUUGGAGUUAACUGAACAUGUUAAGAUGGUGAGGAAUUCAUCUCAAAAUCUAGCACCACAGCAAGGAAAAAACUAAUCCAGAAAAUGCAUAGUGCUUUCCACUUAAUGAACCUGAUACUGGAAUCUACUGAUCGCUCAUUUUCUGUUUGAUUUAUCAGUCAUGGAAAAUUGGAAGAUUUUAAAGUCGUCAAGGAACCUUUGACAACACCAAGCUGAAAACAAGCCCCACCUGAGGGGAAAAAAACCCACUGCAACUGUUACAGUUUUUAUAUGUAUUUUUUUUUUAAUCAUAAAGGAAAGUUACAUCUCAGAGUUGGUUUUAAAAUUGCUGCUAUCAUUUAGCAGAAUUAUCUGCAGAUGUAUGGAUGCUUCAAGGAUUGGUUUGCUGCAAAAUUCCAGCUUCCAUGUUUUCCCUUUGGCCUGUAGUGCUGUAAAUUCAUCCAGAUACCUAUAUAUAUAUUUUUGCCUUCUGGUCUAUGUUACAGACCUAAAUGUCACCUGUGUUGUGGCCCAGUUACUCUAAAAAGACCUCUGCAAACCUUGUUAUGGAACUGUUUACACCUGACAGCUAAACGAAGAGCGCAGCAAGCUAAAUGCAGCUCAGCCAAGGUGAUUCAAUUAAUGUUUGAUUCUGUUGUUCAGCUUCAUCACAGGUAGAUGGAGCCUGUUUAUUGCAGAGUGAAGAAAGAGUUGUGGUACAGGGUGUAGUUUGGUAAAAGGAAAAUUGUUCUUUCUCAGAACUGCUUUUGGAAUAACUAUGUCAGGAUUUCUGGAAAAAGUCUUCUCUGCUGUAGUUUUUUGGCACUUUUAACAGCACAAAAAAAUCUCACUUGGACAACUCAAACCAAAGCGGUCUGUAGACUGAUACAGAGGACUACAUGCAAGAGAUCAAAUAUAGAGAUUUGAAUUUGUGGUGAACUGUCCCUUUAAUGUUUUAAUUUUAUAACCUGAUCUUCCUCACCUACUCAUAUUGAAUGUUUCACAUGUAAGGAGGAAAGGGUUUUCUAAAGAUGAUUUCUAAAAAAUGUUUCAUGACAGAAACUUCAAAUAUAAAAAAACAUUUUGAAGGCGUUCCUCAGGGAACCAUCUCGGAACUCUUCAAGUUUUUAGAUUUUUACCCAGUUUCUAGGUCAUGAAUAUUUGGUGCCUUUUUUACUAAUGAAACAUUAUGCAAAAGCUACUAAGCUGCUAGAGUGACUCUUACUACAGAAACUGGGCAAUAUGGCUAUAAACUAAAGUGUUUUUUUUGUUUUGUUUUGUUUUGUUUUGUUUUCAUUUUAAUCUUCUUUUUCUUCUUUAUCUUUGGACAUGCUUUUUUUUUAAUUGUAAUACUUUGGGUGUCAACAGCUAACAAUUAAAAUAGCUCAAAUGUUGACCAACAGAAGUGAGUUUCCAUCUUCCAAUUAGUUUAUGUCAAAGUUGAAGCUGUGAUUCUAAUGUGGAAGAUUUUAUUUUCUGUCACAGUGUACAAUAAUAACCUCUUCAAGCUUUUAGGAAAAGAAAAUUUAGCCGCUCAUAUCAUAUAUCAUAUACUGAUUUUAAAUACAGCUUAACUGUUAUAUUUAAAGAGGACCUUUUUUUAAUUUCCUGUCAUAUUUACUGUUUAAACAGUGGUUGCUCAUAAUUAAAAUUGGCCAAUUUGUGGGUCGAUUUGGAUGCUUUGACUUGUGGUUCUUCUACAUGGUCUACCCACUGGAUUUGAAAAGAGACAGGCUUUAAAGGGGGAGGAGCUUAAACAGCUUGUUUUAGGAGGAUGAACAAAUUCAGCAGUAAGGCCCAGGAUCACAUAAAUAAGGAUUCUUUUGAACUGCCAGUCAUGGAAAUGGACACUACUAGAGUCCAAGAAUGAAAUUAUCAUGGAAAUGAAUAGAUUUGGUUUUUGAUCUGUUUAGUGUUGAAUUAAAGCAUUUCUCAGCAUUGCUUCUUUUUCUUUUUUUUAACAUUGAAAAUAAAGGUUUCACGUGUUGACCAUCCAAAUUCAAGGCAAAACUUUGGGGCUUUGAUCUCAUUAAAGAAAUCUGAAAUGACAGAUUAUAGCAUGCUGAAUCUGUUGAAGAUGAAGCUGGUCUUUGUUUUCAGUAGACUUUUUGUUUUAUUUAUUUAUUUAUUUUUUUUAAAUUUUCAAAACUUAUCAGUGGAUUAUCAGAGCCGUCAGGUUUAAGAUUGCUGAAGUGUUUUUCUAGUAAAAACACCAUUUGUAGUUAAGGAGCCAUUAGUGCCUCUUUAGAUAUUUUGGUUUGUAUGCAUAAAAUGGUUUCUAAAAAUGUUUUAUCUUUUGUUCUUUUCUCAAAGAACUUAAGAUUUGUAUACAUUUCUAACUUUAUCAGGGAUAUGAAAGUGUUAAAAAGAUUUUAAAAAAAUGCACAUUUCUUUUUAACAGAGGGAACACAGCAAAUAAAAACCGUGAAAUGAUUAACUAGUGUUUUAGUACAAGGAUUAUGAUUUCAGAAAGCAGUUCUAAAGCUACUCUACCUGAAAAUAUGCUGCAUCCUUUUAUAAUAACUCAGAAUGUAAACACUUUGUGAUUUAUUCUUUGUGCUAAAACACAAAGUAAAGAGAAAAACUUGAACCCUGACACAGAGUAGACUUGGUAAAUAUAUUAUGGGGUGGAACAAUUCUGAAUCCGAAACUGAAAUCAGGAUAGAAACAUCCCCAGUAUUGCAUUGUGGUUCCAACUUGUCGUACUGUGGAAGCUGUGAUGUUUAAACAUUGAGGUAGUAAAUGAACUGGAAGCAUAGCAUAUUAGUGGAAUUCAUUUCAUCUCAUGAUCCAGUCAUGAUCGAGUGAUCAGGCCACUGUAGCUAAUUGUGGUUUCAGUCAUUCGUUAUGCUCCUAAAAUAGAUUUAGAAUUAACUUUGAUAACACAUUUAAUGGAUUUAAAUACAUUUGAAGUAUCUAAUAUAAGAUUUAAUUAUCUUUGUCAUUUGGCGGCUUUGUCUGCAGCAAGCUGCCAGAAAUUUCAGGUAUACUUUAAAAAAAGAAGAAAAUGAUCACUUUCUCAUCUCAAGUAUUUGUUUUUCUUUUUAUUAAUGGACUCAAGAAAAUGUAUAUUCUCUUAAGAAAUUCUUUGCAGGUUUAAGGUUUCUAUAAUGGAAAAAUUUCCCGAGGGCGUCCCUCAGGGAACCUUUCUGGAUCCACUGAUAUUCAAGAACUGUGGACUUAAAUGUUGUUUUUUUUGUUUGUUUUUUUGUUUUGUUUUUUUAAGUCUUAACUUUUCUAAAGGGUUUUUCUAAUUCACAUUAUUUGCUUUUAUACAAACGAAACCUUAUGCAAGCAUUAUAAAAGAUUCUCAGCAUGUAUAGAAAAUUUUUAAAUGGCAACCGUGUGUUGUUUCUGAGAAAAUCUAUAAUGUGUAAUUUUUAAAAGUGAACAUGAAUCUCUUUACUUUUUAAAAAGAAUAAAGUUUAAAUGAACACACAAUAGAAAACGCAGUUGCUUCAUUGUGAAUGCUUGUGGAGGGAGUUUCUGCUACAGCUUUACUUGGCGUGACAUCAUAAGGAACUUCUGUUAGCUAAUGUUAGCAAACUUACCAAAGUAUUAGUAGCCUUUAAAGAGGACCCGCUUCUCUUUUCCUUUUCUUCCAAGUCUCCUGUUCCAAUUGUGGAUGUUUAUAUUAUGUAUACUGAGAGAUGAUAACACGAACAUGGUCACGUUCGGCUCAGAACCACACCCGCCACCAUAAACUGAAACUCGGUGAAUUAAAUAUAAACUCCAAAUCGAUUCACAAACACAUAACAAAAACUAAGAACCCAGAAGAUCAAAAUCAACCAACCAGAAAAAAUCUGAUAUAUAAAGAUCACAAAGAUUACAAAACUUAAACAACGCCAUGAAGUCAGAAUCCAAACUUGACUAGAAAUGAACCAAAACUAAGAACAAUAAAAAAGAAGAGUCCAAAUAUUAAUACAAAGAGUAAAAGCUCAGGCACAAAACCCAGAGUCCAUGACAUAGGUAAAAAAUGUAGGGCGUAGUUGAGUGAAGUAAAAGAGUUUUGUAGAGAAAAGUAGAAGUUUGACACCAUCCUUUAUUUUUGCCGAAAAAUGAAUAGGAUUUUUUUUCAUGCUUAGUUCUAUAAAUAUAUAAAUAAAUUGUAGAGCAUUUGAGGUGCCAACUGUAAUGCUGUGUUUGAAGUGGGGUGUUGCAGAAUUGAUCUAAAUGUAUAGUAGCCAUAAAGGCGGAGGAGUUAAAAUGCCUUGUUUCAGAGGGAGGAUGAGGAAGUGCAGGAAGGCCCAGUGGUGAAAAAUGAAAACCUGGAAGUGGAAAUGGGCGGAACUGAUCCCUUUUAAAUCAGCUGAAGUGAAUAAGGGGUAUACGUUUAUUUAUUUUCCUCUAAUGACCACUUUUGGCAACAGCUGUUUAGCAACAAUAACAUAGUUAAAGUGUUGAAGUUCACUUGUUUCUUGUUGAUCUAAAGUGAAGGUGGUUUGUAAAGUUGUCCUUUUGCCAAACUUCAUGCAUCAUAAUCUGAUUUUGCUUUGUCUGAUUAUGUAAGCACAAACGGUCCCUCUUCAGAGCUCUGCGUUUUGUUGCCUCUGUAAUGCUUUGGAAAAAUAA